UCAAACUCAACUAUUGCUUGAACUCCUGCAAUGGCUAUCCCCACCAUAUCCUCUAAAAUCCUUCUCAUUGUUUUCUCCUUUUCUCUCCUCCAACUUUCAUCUUUCGCCCGAGAUUAUUCUUUUUUUUUUGUGGUAAAGAUUCGCCCGAGAUUAUUCAAUCGUGGGCUAUUCUCCUCAAGACUUGACCUCCAUGGCCAAACUCAUUGAGCUCUUUGAGUCCUGGAUGGCCAAACAUGGAAAAAUUUAUCACACUAUCGAAGAGAAACUGCACAGAUUUGAUAUCUUCAAGGAUAAUCUCAACCACAUCGAUGAGACCAACAAAAGGGUCACCAAUUACUGGCUCGGGCUCAACCAUUUUGCUGACUUGACCCACGAAGAAUUGACGAAAAUGUAUCUGGGUUUGAAGCCUGAGUUGGCCGGACGGCAUGGAUCCUCGGAUAGCCGGGAAUUCACUUACGGGGAUGUAGUUGAUUUGCCCAGGUCGGUUGAUUGGAGAAAGAAAGGAGGGGUUACUCGUGUGAAGAACCAGGGGUCUUGCGGGAGUUGUUGGGCGUUUUCAACGGUGGCUGCUGUGGAGGGGAUAGACCAGAUUGUCACCGGAAACUUGACGGAGCUGUCGGAGCAAGAGCUUAUCGACUGUGACACCACAUACAACAACGGGUGCAAUGGAGGUCUAAUGGAUUAUGCAUUUUCUUUCAUAACCUUGAAUUUGUCUAUUGUGCCAUCAACUUUCAGUUUCUUUUUUAAAAUCCAUUUGCAACUUAUAGGUUUGCAACCUGGUGGAAGAUCCACUAAAAUCCAUGUGUUAUUCCCCAUUCUGGAAUUCAUUUCCUCAUCUAUGGCUUCCUUCCAAAAAGCUGAAUCUUGUGACUUAAUUGCUUCUUCAAAUGUCACAGGAUCAGCUUCUAUAUUAUAACAAAAUCUUGUUCCUUCAAUAAGAAACAUGUAAAAUUCUGGACUAUAUGUUCUUGCUUUUCUAUUUCUUUUGCUUCUUCUAACUUUAAUGUUUUCUUUCAACUUGUUUUCUUGCAAGUUGUCUUCUAUUCUUUGUUCUGAACUUUUAGCAAUUGUUUCUUUAGGCCUAGGAAUCGAAUUAAAUUUGCUCUCUUCAA